AUGGCCCACACUCUCUACGACAGCACCGUCGCGGUGGCCCAAUCUAUCCUCGGCUCCCUAUCCCACAUCCUCCUCAAAGCCGAACAACACCCCAAUGCCAGCACUUUGCUUGAGGCCCGUUUAUACUCGGACAUGUUCCCAUUAUCCGACCAAGUCCGGAUCGCGACGCAGUACUCCGAAAAUCUAGUGGCAAGAAUGACCAGUCGGGAGCCGGUAACGUUUGACAGAGACCUCACGACAUUUGCGAAAUGCUACGAGCGCAUUGAGACGGUGCUGAAGGCGCUCCACGCGGCGGACAAGGACCUGGUCAACCAACACGCCGAAAUACUUGGGACUACUAAGAUCGGCCCCGAGCAGACGAUUGAGACGACCGGCGCUGUGUAUGCCAAUACUAUCGCCUUGCCGAAUAUCUACUUCCAUCUUGUUACUGCGUAUGGGAUUCUGCGGAAGGAGGGGGUGUCGGUGGGUAAGCGGGACUAUUAUGCUGGCUUCUAUCCUGAUGAAGUCGCUGGAAAUCAGUAG